AUGAAUUCUGACUCUAGCUCAAUGUCCAGCAGAGCCUCCUCUCCAGACAUGGAUGAGAUAUAUCUCAGAGGCCACCACCAUCACCAUCAUCACCACCAGGACAACCGACUCAACUCGGUCUCCUCAACUCAGAACGACCUCAUGCAGAAGAUGUCAGAUGAAGUCCUCUCCAGACACGGCUCAAAGGAGGACAUAGACAGCGGCAAAUACAAAAUCAAGAAGCAGCUGACUGAGCAUGACUUGCAGAAGCUAAGGCUGAAAAUCAAUGGCCGGGAGCGUAAAAGGAUGCACGACCUGAACCUUGCCAUGGACGGCCUGAGGGAAGUCAUGCCAUACGCCCAUGGGCCUUCAGUGAGGAAACUUUCCAAAAUCGCCACCCUGCUGCUUGCCAGAAACUAUAUACUGAUGUUGACAAGCUCCCUGGAGGAGAUGAAACGACUUGUGGGUGAGAUCUAUGGGGGUCACCAUUCAGCAUUUCACUGUGGGACAGUGGGACAUUCUGCCGCUCAUCCUGUCCACCCAGCUAACACAGUCCACCAGGUGCACCCCAUCCUGGGCAGCGCUUUGACAUCCAACAACUCUGGCCUUUCUGCCACUUUACCCGGGAUUGGCAACAUCAGACCGGCACAUCCACUACUGAAAACCCCUUCCAACCCUCCACUGCCCCUUGGCAGUGGCUUCCAGCACUGGGCAGGUCUGCCAUGCCCCUGCACGAUCUGUCAGAUGCCACCACCACCCCAGCUCUCUGCCCUCGCAAGCAGCAUGAGUAGAAUUUCUGCAGAACCCAAGGACUUACUGAAGUAG